AAUUAAGAUAAAAGUUAAUUUAACUGUUAUACUUAUAUCUUAUAUCAAGUAGUAGCCCUUCUUUAACUCAUUCGGUAGGUGCGCCCACAAUUCCUGUCGCCUUAACGGUGCAAAUGCUCGUCUUCUUGACUGCUGCUUAUCUGCAUCAUGACGUCACCUUUGGUGAGGAUGAUGGGAUCUUCACUCUUGAUUGUUACACUGUCAGUUUAUUUCUUCUGUGCCACUGCCUGCUUCUCUUUCGAGAAAGUAUUACGGGAGCCAUUUUACGAUACAUAGCCAUAACCUUUGACUUACCAGAAGACAGUUCCUCAAAAGCUGAGGAAACCAAACUACGAUUGGAAGUUAGCCCCCUUGUGAUGUUAUUUAAUCCUUACGCAUUGUAUUGUCUUCCUCCAUUCUUUCCAAAUAUGGGUUCAUACGCAUAACGCAUACGAAAUGAUUCAAGUGGAGUGUGGUGGACGGGGGCAACCUUCGAAACAUUCUCUCGUUUGUAGCAAGUCAUUUCAGGCUGUAGAGCAACGAAUCAAGACUCCAUAAAUUGCUCACAUUAGACACACCUAUUUUCCUGCCUGGCCUUUGCUCCUCUCUCCUAGCUUAUAAGUACCAAUGCUCUAAUUACCUUUAUUUGCUUAGCUUUUACUGAUUACUGUUGCAGGAAGACAUUUGAACUGGAAAGGGAAACUCAUAGCAGGUGCUGCUGCUUCUUCGUUCAGCGUGGUAGUUAUGAGCAUCGUCUUUUAUUUCUAUCUGCGCCGAAAGAAGAAUCGUCAUGCCAAAUCAGACAAACAAUCUCAGAGUCGGACCAUAUCUUCCGAUUCCUCUUUAAAGGGCGCUGAGAAAGGAAGUAAAUACUUUGGAGUCCACCUCUUCACAUAUAGCGAACUUGAAGAGGCCACUAACAACUUUGAUUCAGCCAAUGAACUUGGAGAUGGGGGUUUUGGAACAGUUUAUUGUGGAAAACUAGGGGAUGGUCGUACAGUUGCAGUGAAGAGACUGUAUGAAAACAAUGACAGGAGAGUUGAGCAGUUCAUGAAUGAAGUGGAGAUCUUAACUCGUCUGCGCCACCAAAACCUCGUCCAACUUUAUGGCUGCACUUCUCGCCAUAGCCGUGAACUUCUGCUUGUGUAUGAAUACGUUCCUAAUGGAACUGUUGCCGAUCAUCUUCAUGGCGAAAGGGCAAAACCAGCAGACACACUUCCGUGGCAUACCAGAAUGAACAUAGCCAUAGAGACUGCAAGCGCAUUGGCAUAUCUUCACGCAUCUGACAUCAUCCAUCGUGAUAUAAAAACCACCAACAUCCUUCUCGACAGUCAUUUCGUUGUCAAAGUAGCAGAUUUUGGACUGUCUCGUCUCUUCCCGAAUGAUGUUACUCACAUUUCAACGGCGCCGCAGGGAACUCCUGGAUACGUGGAUCCGGAGUACCACCAAUGCUACCAGCUUACUGAUAAGAGUGAUGUGUAUAGCUUUGGAGUGGUGCUCAUUGAGUUGAUAUCAUCAAUGCCUGCUAUUGAUAUCACGAGGCAUAGGCAUGAGGUCAAUUUGGCAAUCAUGGCUGUUCACAAGAUUCAAAACGGGGAUUUGCAUGAGCUUGUGGACCCAGCUCUUGGGUUUGAAGCAGAUCCCAAGGUGAGGAAGAUGGUUAAUGGAGUGGCAGAGUUGGCUUUCCAGUGCUUGCAGAGUAUGAAAGAUACGAGGCCUUCCAUGGAAGAGGUGGUGGAGAGGUUGAAGGAAAUACAGAGUGAUGGGGUAGGCAAGACCAAAGAAGAGGCGGCGAUGGAUAUCUCAGCAGAUCAUGUCAUGUUGCUGAGGCAUGAAGCGCCUCCACUAUCACCUGAUUCAAAUAUGAGGAGCACAGGGACGACUCCAAAUGCCAGCGGAUAAGUUGAGCUUCCAAUGAAUCCCCGCCCGUAAAGUAAUCAAAGUCAUUGCAGAAAAAGCAUCAACAGACCGCGAGCUUCGACCCAUCAUCACUCCAAGAUUGAGAUGUACAUGGAAUGAUAAAGCGAAAGUGGUGCCUGCCAAUGCUCAUUUCGAAGCUAUGAAGUCCCGUCCUUAAAUUUUGUGGAAAACAUUGAUAUUGUAUAAACAAAUCUUAACGCAGUAUCUGUCGCGCUUUCUUGCUUUCGGAGUUUUUCUUUCCCCCGAGGUGGGGUGUUUUUGUAUAGGACGCCGAGCGGCCUUGUAUAGGUAUGGCAACAUUGGCGGAAGUGAUUAAAGCCAAAAGCGAAUGUGCUCAUAAAACCUGUAUAUUAAGAAGAACAUAAUCAUUAUUCAUA